ACCUAGGGGAGGAGCUACGUGACCCAGCCAGAGAGGCUCACUCCUAUCCCCCUAUCACUGUGACCCUGCCAGACAGAUAAGCUACCGGUCUGUUAUAUAUAUCAGGAGGUUGCAUCUGGAAUUAUAUGAUGUUUGGCCUCAAGCUCCUGUGAGAUCCUCUAGACAAACACCUGUAUGAUCAUUGUCUUUUAAUAUUAUGUACAGUACAUAGGAGCGUCCCCGUCCUAUCCGCACAGGGCAGAAGGAAACCAAAUACAGAGGUCUGUGCUAGGGCGUGAUGAUGAUGGAGAAUCACCGGACCCUCACAUCACUGGAUGGAGCCAGUAACAGAGAUACCCCAGAGAGAUGUCCCCGUCCUCUUUAUUCCCCGUACUGUACAGAGGAUAACCACAGGACCCCACAGGAGGAUCAGGGUCAAGGUCUGGCUAAUAUUAAGGUAGAAGUUAUAGAGGAAGAAGAAGAGAUGUAUGUGAGGAGUGAUCAGCAGUGUAAGGAGGAGGAAAUCCCUACAGAUAUCAGCACAGGUGGACCCAGUAACAGAGAUUCCCCAGAGAGAUGUCCCCAUCCUCUUUAUUCCCAAGAGUGUACAGAGGAGAAUCACAGAACCCCACAGGAGGAUCAGGAUCUAACUGAUAUUAAGGUAGAAAUCAUAGAGGGAGAAGAAGAGGCGUAUGUGAGGGGUGACCAGCAGUGUAAGGAGGAGGAAAUCCCUACAGAUAUCAGCACAGAUGGACGCACAAGCAGGAAUAGCUUGGAGGGACAUUUCAUUAUGUAUCCAGAUUGUAAAAUAGAAGACAAUAACACUACACAAGAUUUCACAGGCGUAAAUCCUUUGACCUUAAAUACAUGGCCAGUACUUCACAGAGCAGAUGCAUCACCUGGUCAUUCUCAUCAUGAGGAAUGUUCUGGUAAUUCGGACAUUGUUCCACAUAAUACAGGUCAUAGAGGUGAUACAAUCUUUCAGUGUUCUGAAUGUAGCAAAUGUUUUUUAUAUCAGUAUAUCUUGGUGAGACAUCAGAGAACCCACACAGGGGUCAAGCCAUUUCCGUGUUGUCUUUGCGGGAAAUCAUUUAAAGAGAAAUCACAACUUGUUGCACAUGAGAGAACUCACACGGGUGAGAAGCCGUUUCCAUGUUCUGAGUGUGGGAAAUGUUUUAGACUAAAAUCCCAGUUUAUUAGACAUCAAAGAAAUCACACAGGUGAGAAACUGUUUCCAUGUUCUGAGUGUGAGAAAUGUUUUCCAGAGAAGUCGUACCUUGUGAAACAUCAGAGAAUACACACUGGGGAGAAGCCCUUUUCUUGUUCUGUGUGUGGGAAAUGUUUUACACUCAAGUCAGAUGUUGUUAUUCAUGAGAGAACUCACACAGGUGAGAAGCCGUUUCCAUGCUCUGAGUGUGGGAAAUGUUUUACACACAAACCAGGUCUUGUUAGACAUCAGUCAGUUCACACAGGGGAGAAGCCUUUUUCAUGUUCUGCGUGUGGGAAAUGUUUUUCCCGGAAUUCAGGACUUGUUAGACAUCAGAGAACUCACACAGGUGAGAAACCAUUUCCGUGUUCUGCGUGUGGAAAAUGUUUUACACGGAAAUCACAUCUUGUUACACACCAGCGACUUCACUCAUGAUCGACAAUCAACAGGGAGCAGCUCUACUCUGAAUAUCCUUUUAUUAAUGUAAAUGAUUGAAUUAGGUAUGACUAUAUGAAUAAGUUUAUGCUCAAUGGUAUACUGAAAUCACAGAGACAAUCGCCAGCCACACAGUAAAUGAACACGUUAUAAUUGAAUUCUCACCUACAAGUAUAGGUGGAAUAAGGGAAGUAUUGCACAUAACAUUGCAGGAUGCCUUCUACUGCAGUUGAAGCUCCUGGGCUGCUCACACUUGGCAUCAGCAGAGAAUGGACAGACGUAGGGCCGGACAGAUAACACUGAGAUGUAAACAGAGACAAUGCGGGCAGCUAAAGAUCAGAGUUGGGGUCACUGGAGACCAGAUGCAGCCACAGACACCAAGGUGAAAACAGACAGCACAGCUGUUACAGCAGAGCACUGGGUAUUCAGGAGACCUUUUUGUGGCUUAUCGCAUUUUGCCCAUACUGGCAGGAUUGCUUGCCACUAUGUGCUCUGUGCAAUGGCGGAGUCCUUGGCAGUCUGUCUGCACAAUAGAUCCCACCAUGUUUGCGAGAUCUCGUGCAUGUGCAUUGGCGCCGACCAGGAGGAAAGACACAGCGCAUCAGCACUAGUCUGGUGUGCUAUGGGUCUUGCAGGGAUCGUCUGCGGGGUGACCUUUAUCUCCCCAAGUCUGGUGGCCGAGAUGUUAAUACAUCUCAGCGUUAUUGCUUCCUGCUUUGCCUUGAUAGGAUGUGAAGCAGGAGGAGGUAUAGAGGCAGAAUUAGUGCUACUAUAAUGCAUCUCCCUGUAAGCCACAGAACUGACUGAGCAUAAGCCUGAAUUCAGACUGGUAUGUCAUGAGAUUUUGGAAAGGAUACGGAUACAUGCAUUUACACCUAGGAAUACAUGUGAGCACAGAAGCAAUGGCAACACAAGGAAACAGGAGCGUAUGUUACACUUUCUGAUUUUGGGCCUCCUGACGUCUCAUCGUUCUUCGGGGCCCGUUUCAGCUGAGGUGCGAAUUCGCAACAGUGGGCAAUUAUCGAAUGAUUGCGCAGGCGCGUCACCAAACAGCGACAGGAUGUUGAAAAAAUGUAUGGUCGCAAGGUGAUUGACAGGAAGCGGACGUUUGGAGGGGGGGGGGGGGUAACUGCCUGUUUUCUGGGAGUGUCAGGAAAAACACAGGCGUUCCCAAGCAUUUUCAAGGCUGGUAUGUGACGUCUGCUAAGGCCCCGAUCAGCCUGUUUGUAUCGCACUGUAGGAGUAAGUCCUGGACUACACACAGACUGCACAGUAUGGAAAAAUCAUUAGUUGGUGAGUGAGUUGCUAACGGAUUUGCAGAUGUCUGCUGCCUGCCGAUGCAUCCGCACACUUGUACGAGGCGGGUUUUCACUCUCCCUGGGCGGCGACUAUCUGAUAGCAGACUACUGCAAAUUUGCAGGACAGCAAUCAGGUCUGAAUUAGGCCCUUCAGCCAUACACUGCCAAAGAGCAUCCAUCUCCUGGUGCUUAGGGCCUGGUGGGAGGAUAAGUUCUGUAGAAGCUGGAUUAUAGAUGCUGAUUCUACUUACCCUCUGACAAACCUGUCCUGUUCCACGAUCCGGUGUGAGAAUUGCCAGAUAGUACCCGGCAGACAACUGUAGGGAUUGUCCUGUGGCUUUUAGGCGUCUGAUGCUAUUAUAAAGGAGUUGGUGUUUUUUUGUUUGAACAUGCUUCUCUGUACAUUUGCAUUGGCCGUCUUUAUACGACAGAUGAGCAAAUGUUUGUCUGUUACGUAUGUGGCCCGUGUCCACUUAUUUCAUUGUCAUGCAACUCGGUAAACUUUUGCUCUGAAAUAUAUUACUGUUAAUAAUCCUAUUCAAAGUAAAAACUUUCUAUAAAACCUUCUUUGCCUGGUUAUUAUUGUUGUUUGACAAUGUGCUUUGUGUGUUAUAUCUAUUGUCUUGAAUUGCAGGGGUGACUUCAUUAUACUUGUAUUCAUUUCUUUAAAUUUGUGAUGUAAAUUUAAUAUAAUUAUUUUUUUCAAUAAGAGGUGAUUAGGCAUUAGAAUUGCUUUGUGUGGUCUUUCCUAUAGCACCUGCCUUUUUCAUAAAGUAGUGAAAUUUGGGGACAAAGCCAAAGAAAGUUGGGACUGGCAACAUUUUUUAAAUAUCUGCGGUCAGGGCAGGCAGCAGACAAGUUCAAUCAGUACAUGGUCAGGGCAAGCAGCAGACCAGGCAAUUCUAGAUAACAGGCCAAGGUCAAGAGAAAGGAAAAUCAGGAACAAUAGUUCAAUUUGUCACUGUAACAAGUAGUACAACUACCACAGGAUUGAAGGCAAAGUGGCUAUUUAACCAAACAUGAAUCAAUGGGCUAUGAACUGAAACCCAGUACCCUAGAGUUAAUGCACUCUAUGGCACCUGGUGAUUGCAGUUUAUCCUGAGAGACUGCACUAUAGGCUGGACCAUUAGCCAGAAGAUCUAUUACAUCAUGAACCAGGAAGCUAGCGGACGUUGCUUAUAAAUGACUUUGACUGUGGCAAUGUCAAGCUAACCUUCCAAUCCGAUCGCAGACUUCUGGUGGGACCAUAUUAUAGCCAUUUUUAUAUUUUUAUAUUCCAGAAUUAUUCCAGAAUAUUUUUAUAUUUUUAAUGCCAGAAAAUGAUUCAUCAUGGAUGACUGUAGUGUUGUACAUACUUUACUUGUUAAUAAAUUCCAGGAUACUUUUUAGGACUUUACUCACAAUGUACUGUACCUAAAGCACACAACCCUAUCUCAGAAAAGCCAUAAUAAGCAGAU